AUGUCUACAUAUUUUCUUCGAAGAGCAACUUCAACAAGCGCCAUUUCUCGCCGCCGCUUAUUUUCGUUCAUAAAUUUUCGAAUCACUCAGCCUUACUCUACUGUACUGGGCACCUCCCCUCUGGCGACUACGUUACACUAUCUCGAUCCAUUGGAGAUUUAUAAGACCGAAAAGCCUUAUCACCUCAAUGUCCCGCCAUCCGCCUUAGCCCCUCACCAGAAGCAAUCAAAUGAGGUGUCCAAAGCUUAUGAGGGUAUUCUCAUUAAUGAUUUGCGGGGUCGAGAGUCCGAUUUCACACUAGACGCAAACGGAUUCCAAGUAUUUAGAGAUGAGAAGGAUCACGUAUCCUUAAACUCAGCUCUCAAAUAUGAAGAUUACGAGAACUCACCCGUUGUCAAAGACAAGUACAGAGAAGCUGUAAAAAGCUUUUUGGUUGAACGAUUAGGAGCGGGUAUAGUGAUCCCAUUUACACACGAGGUUAGACGUAGAAGCGAAGUAUUCCCACUUCUUCCUAGAGGAACCGGCAAAGCCCCACAACCAGUGCAAGGUGUGCAUGUGGGUGAGUGCUUCGGAUUCAACUCUCUUGUAGCUGCUAAGUCCUUAGACUUCACGCCACGUUGGGCGGCCGAGCGCGCGCGUAUGGUCCUUGGGGAAAGUCUAGCGCAUAUAACCUUAAACCGACGUUGGCAAGUUCUCAACAUCUGGAGGCCCUUGUUUGGGCCUUUGCAUGAUUGGCCUCUUGCGCUUUGCGACUGGAAGAGUAUCAACCCGAUACAUGACCUAGAGCCCAGCGACAACGUAUAUACCCAUUUAACCGCGGAGACAUACAAUGUUUACCAUAAUCCUAGUCAUCGAUGGUAUUAUAUCUCAAAUAUGGAACCUACCGAGACUUUCGUUUUUAAGAGCUUUGACUCAGACCAAUCUUACAAAGUGGCACGAGUAUGCCCUCACGCGGCCUUCUUCAACGCGAAUGCUCCAAAGGGUUGCCGGGCAAGGGAAAGUGUUGAAUGUUUGGUUCUAGUAGUUUACCCAGAAGGCAAAGGAGAAGUAGGCCACCAGUCGAACGAGUGGUUGCCGUGA